CCUUGUCCGGCAUCUCUACCUACCUUACGGCCUCUCCUCUUGCUCUCGUGCACUCGCAUCCAACUUCAUGUAUAUAUAAAGACUGACUCGUCACAUCCUCCACCACGCCUCACUUUUGCUUGCCCACCUACCUGUACACGCUGUCUCUCACUGGCAGAACCAAACCACGAUAACCUUACCCACCUCGCCGCCGUCUCCAUCGCUCCCUUCUGCCCAGAGCGACGACCUAGAUACAAUACUACCUACCGCUGCUCUCACUGACCUGAACCAUGUCAUAUUCGAAAGGUCUGCAGAACUUGGAUCCUCCUCCCAUACAAGAGCUACCAGCACAACAACUACAGCAACUACAUCCACAAGAACCACAUCAACAACAAGCACAACACGCACAACGGCUACAUCAACAUCAACAACAACAAGAGCAAGAGCAAGAACAAGAGCAACAGCAGCAGCAGCAGCAACAGCAACAGCAACAACGGCUGUGGCAACUGACAACGACAGACUGGCUCGCGACCUCGUUGGACGACUGGGAUGCCGCCACGCUGCAUUUCCAGUCAUGCAACGACACUGUUCCUCGCAUCCUCCAACAAGAUCUGCUCCCUUCGACGACGAAUUCCACUUACCACUACCCCGACCCUGGGCCUUUUGAAUUCCAAUAUCUGGACGGCGGCCUGCACACGGCCACGACGGCGACAAUAAAGGCAUCGCCACCAACAUCACCUACCACUCUGCGUAUGCAAGUCUCCAAAUCACACCCACCCACAACUCUGAUGGGCAGCGCCAAUAUAAACGGCAAGCGAGACUUCCGUCACCUCGACAUGGCGCAUUCGACAAGCUACACAUACGGCACCACCAUGUGCCCACCGAAUCGCCCCUCAUUGUCGUCAGCUACAACACCACCAUCCACCACGCCUGCUCAUGCGCACCACAUCGACGAUGUUCAGAUCUAUGAACCUGCCGAUUAUUGCUCCAAGCUGUCGAGCGUCUGCGAACAACCUGAACAGCCGCAAGUGGCCCCCACGAAGAGAGCGAGAGUUGAUUGCUUUGAUGAAAAUCGGCGAUCCUCUCACCCUGCCUUCGCUGCGUCCCACUUGUGCCCCUCUUCAGCGCAUGACAUCUCGCCUAGCACGAGUGUAGCGAGCCCUCAUCACCUGUCCCCACCCUCAUCGUACACGACAAGUGAAAACAUGAGCAGACAGAGUAGUGUGACUAGUGCGUCGGUGAAUGAUGCUUUCGACAUGAUGCGCGUCGAGUCCUCCUUCUCCACCGCUGCUGCUUCUUCCCACACACCUCUGUUUCCUCUCGAUGAUAUUGAUAGUGCACCUUUCGUAUCAUGUUCGACACACAUCAAAGAGCCCGCAGCUGUGAGUAGUCAGCAUCCUACCCGCUUUUCAUUUGACGGUAGUAGAGCCUCUCACUUGCUCAGCAAUGUGGGCUAUGGCUUAGUUAGUACGGAUUUUUCUUUUCAUGUGGGUCCAAGUAUUUCUGAUGAUGCUGCUGCUGUUGGUGGCGGCGGCGAACAACAGCAGGCUCGCCAUCCCUACACGACGAAGCUCGGUAUUGCGGCAUCACUGGCCCCAGCGCCAGGUGCGGAGCGCAGGCAGUCGGAACCUGUCAAUUAUUGCAGUGGUGCAUCCACCGAGUGGAAGGAUGUUGAGCGUCGAAGAAAACACAUUGAGAAUGCUCGUCAAUCGAUUGCUCCCAAGAACGAAGCGAAGACCAGCAAAUCCCCAACGACUUCGACAACACCAGCAGGCAAGCAAGCAAUAAGCGCUCCAAACAAGCCAUCUCCAAAGCCCCCUACAUUCGGCCCCAACAUCCCAAGCUCCGCUGCAACAUGUGCAACGAGUUUCCCAAUGGCUUUCGGGGUGAGCACGAACUUCGCCGCCACUGGGACCGCGCCCACGCCUCAUCCAAGAAAGUCUGGAUAUGUACUGAGCCUACUACACGAACUGAGUGGUGGCCCGCUCGGCCAUUGGCCAUUUGCAAGCAAUGCAAACAGCACAAGAACUAUUCCGCGUAUUACAAUGCUGCAGCGCAUCUGCGACGAGCGCAUUUCUGUCCCAGGAAACGUGGAAGGAAGGCGCGAGGGGAGGAGAGGGAGUCGAGGGCUGGCAAAGCAGGUGGAGAUUGGCCGCCUAUCGAAUGGCUGA